AUGGAGGAGCCGUUCCAUCUUCUGCCUCUCCUCCCACGCAGCCCACGCCGCCCCCUUCAUCCCUCGCUGCCGGUGGAGGCUGAAGGGGAGGGGGCGGCGGCGGCGGCGGCGGGGGCGGCGGCCGCCAGCCCCGCUUGGGGGAAGGCGGAAGCAGCGGCUUCGGGCGACAGCGGCGAUGGGGCCGGCCUCUGGACGGCCGUGUUCGAGUACGAGGCGUGCGGCGAGGACGAGCUGAGCCUGCGUCCGGGCGACGUGGUGCAGGUGCUCUCGCAGGACUCGCAGGUAUCUGGCGACGAAGGCUGGUGGACGGGCCAGAUUGACCAGCGCGUCGGCAUCUUCCCCAGCAACUACGUGACCAGCAGCGGAGGCAGCAGCAGCGGCCGCCGCCUCUGCCUCCAGGAAGGGAGGAGAUCGGAUCUCCAGGCCCCCUACCCUCCGAGUCCGGCCAUACAGUUGCUGGAGAUUGACUUCUCAGAGCUGAUUCUGGAGGAAAUCAUUGGCAUAGGAGGUUUUGGGAAGGUUUACCGUGCAAUUUGGUUUGAAGAUGAAGUUGCUGUCAAGGCAGCUCGCUAUGAUCCAGAUGAAGACAUCGGUGAAGCUAUUGAGAAUGUCCAUCAAGAAGCCAAGCUCUUUGCUAUGCUAAAACAUCCCAACAUAAUUGCCCUUAAAGGUGUAUGUCUAAAGGAACCAAACCUUUGCCUGAUUAUGGAGUUUGCCCGUGGAGGCUCAUUAAAUAGAGUGCUGUCUGGUAAAAGGAUUCCACCAGACAUUCUGGUGAACUGGGCUGUCCAGAUUGCUGAAGGAAUGAACUAUCUACAUGAGGAAGCAAUUGUUCCUAUUAUCCACCGGGAUCUGAAGUCCAGCAAUAUAUUAAUUCUUGAAAGAGUAGAAAAUGGAGACCUAAGCAACAAAAAUUUGAAGAUCACUGAUUUUGGCUUGGCCAGAGAAUGGCAUAAGACUACCAAAAUGAGUGCAGCUGGAACAUAUGCCUGGAUGGCUCCUGAAGUUAUUCGUUCCUCCAUGUUCUCUAAAGGCAGUGAUGUAUGGAGUUAUGGGGUAUUGCUUUGGGAACUACUAACUGGAGAAGUACCAUUUCGAGGAAUUGAUGGCCUAGCAGUAGCAUAUGGUGUUGCUAUGAAUAAACUUUCCCUUCCUAUUCCUUCAACGUGCCCAGAACCUUUUGCCAGACUGAUGGAAGAUUGUUGGAAUACUGAUCCUCAUUCAAGACCAUCUUUUGCCAAUAUUUUGAAUAAACUAACCAACAUAGAAGAAUCUGGUUUCUUUGAAAUGCCAAAAGAAUCAUUUCAUUCCCUGCAAGAAGAUUGGAAAAUUGAGAUCCAGGAGAUGUUUGACCAACUCAGAGCCAAAGAAAAGGAGUUGCGGACAUGGGAAGAAGAGUUAAAACGAGCAGCAGUUCAGCAGAAGAACCAUGAGGAACUACUCCGGCAACGAGAGCAGGAGUUGGCAGAGCGAGAAAUUGAUAUUUUGGAAAGAGAACUCAACAUAAUCAUCCACCAACUGUGCCAGGAAAAGCCCCGUGUGAGAAAGCGCAUGGGCAAGUUCAGGAAAAAUCGGCUCAAGUUGAAAGAUGGCAAUCACAUUAGUCUUCCUUCUGAUUUCCAGCACAAAUUCACCGUGCAGGCAUCUCCAACCAUGGAUAAAAGAAAAAACUUGAUCAACAGCUGUGCCAGUCCUCCUGCCAGCCCUACGAUCAUUCCUAGGCUCAGGGCCAUCCAGUUAACCCCUGGUGAAAGCAGCAAAACAUGGGGACGCAGCUCUGUAUUCCAGAAAGAUGAGGAAGGAGAAGAAGAAAAAAGAGGCCAGAAGAAAAAGGGUCGGACAUGGGGGCCGGGUUCACUUUGCAAUAAGGAGCUAACUUCAAGCGAGGAUGGCCUAAAGUCCCUGGCAGAUGGCGCUAGACAGUGGUCAUCUAGUGCUCCAAAUCUUGGAAAAUUCCAGCGAACAAUAGUCCCUUUUCCUGGAUUUGCAAGUCUAAUAGAGAUGGACAAUGAAGACAAUGAUUCUUUGAAUGAUAGAGAGAGCAAGGUGCAGCAAUCCCCUGGAUUGAACCAAUCAUAUCUCUGCAUCCCAUUUCAGAAGAAUGAUGACUGGGAUGCCCAGUCCAGUGAUCCUAAUGAAGAGACUACUCCUGUGAACUCUUCCACAAGCACUCCUCAGGUCACUCCCACCAACAGCCUCAAACGUGGGGGCCCCCAGUAUAAACAGUGUCAGCUGGCCUUUCUAGGCUGUGGAGCUGUGCUGGCUGCUGCUGGCCUAGGCUUUGAUCUCUUGGAGGCAGGCAAGUGCCAGCUGCUAACCCAGGAAGAUCAGGACAUGUCCAAGGAAGAGAAGAAGAAACGUGAAAGCAUCUUCCAACGGGCUGGUCUCUCUCGGAGGAGUACAAGCCCACCUUCAAGGAAAAUCUUCAAGAAAGAAGAACCCACAUUCUUGUUGGGCGAGCCAUCCAGUUCUCUGACUCUACUCUCUUUGUCUUCAAUUUCUGAAUGUAACUCCACCCGUUCCUUACUUCAUUCAGACAGUGAUGAAAUUGUGGUAUAUGAGAUGCCUGUUAGUCCUGUGACAGUGAAGGCUCCCUUACCAAUCGUUAGUAACCCACUAGUUAAUAUCCGAGUUGAGAAAUUCAAACAGGAUCCUAACCAGUCCUUGACACCUACACAUGUGACUAUUUCUUCUGAAGCCCAGCAACAGAAGCAUAGGCGCACUCCCUCUGAUGGUGCCAUAAAACUGGCUGAUCUUGUUUCCAACGGAAAUUCUUCCAGUAAUUCUCCAACAGGAGUGCUGGGAGCAGGUAUAAUAAAAACUCCCAGUCCAAGUCAGGGUCCAAAUGAAGUCCCUCGUCUGCCAGAUCCCAACCUCAUCUUCCCUCCAACCCCCAGGCGUUAUAGUGCUCAACAGGAUUCCAUGCUGGAGAGACCCAAGACCUUGGAAUUCCUACCUAGGCCACGCCCUUCCGCUAACAGGCAGCGAGUUGAUCCCUGGUGGUUUGUAUCCCCAAGUAAGGGUAGGGGUGAAUCCUCCGCUAAUAGCUCCAGUACUGAAACUCCCAGUAAUCUGGAUUCCUGCUUUGCCAGCAGUAGCAGCACUGUGGAAGAGCAGUCCACACUGCUUUCUUUUCAUGCCAGACUGCCUGAAGAGGAGCGGACACUACUGGACAUGGAUGUCGAAGGCCAGAGUCAGGACAGCACAGUGCCGCUAUGCAGAACAGAACUCAGAACGCAUAAACCUGCAACGUAUGAACUCAAACAAGAAUUUUGGUCCUAGCAUGAAAUCCACAAGGGGCUGGUAAGCUCCUUUUCACUUCAGUUCUACUUCUUGCACUAAGAAUGCACUUUCAAGACAGGAAAAGUAGGAAGUCGGUGCUGAGGCCAUUUCACAUUUCUUGGUCCACUACAGAACCGGCACUGGGGAACCCAGUUUUUUAUAGCUGCGUGUGGCUAAGCUACACAGAGUUGCUGACCCUUUGUCUGGAGUUUCUUGUAGUCCUCCUUGUCUCUUCAUUACAGUGUUAAACUGCAACAAGCAAUGCGAUAUAUCUAAGCCUCUGUUCUUGAUCUUCAAGAAUACAAUGGUAACUUGCAAAAAUAGACAUCAGUGUUUACACACUGUUAGACUGCAGGAAAUUAUGUAAAAGUGUGCCUGCACCAGCACUCUUGUCACACUUCAUGUUGCUUUGCUCUCUUAAUGCUCUAAACCAGUGUUUCCCAACCUUGGCAACUUUAAGCUGUAUAGACUUCAAUUCCCAGAAUUCCCCAGCCAGCAUGCUGGCUGGGGUAUUCUGGGAGUUGAAGUCCAUACAACUUAAAGUUGCCAAGGUUGGGAAACACUGUUCUAAACUAACUUUUGCUUCUUUUUCUCCUCCUUUUUCUCCUCCUCCUCCUCCUCCUCUAUACGCAUAUGACCCUUCUUUUGAGUCUGAAUAUUGUGGAUGUGGGGGAUUCUGGGCUAUCUGCAGGAAGCCAAUAUUUUGUCAAGAUUACAAAAUGUAUGUUUUGAGCUCUGCCCCCUUACAUAUUUGCAUGCAGUAUAACUCAUGUACAAAAGGGGCAAAGUUUGCAUUUCAAAGUCAUGGUACAGCUUUUAUCAUUUGCCCCCCUUGACCCCCACUACUGACUCUGGGGGAUUGGUUCUUCAUAAAUACUGAACUUGCCAAAAGCACUCAUUCAACUGUAUUUAAUUAUUUCUGUUGAGAGGUAGAGAGCCUUGAGUUUCAGAGUUGCCUAUUUUAUAGCUCCUGGAGUCAGGUGUUUUGGGUAAAUGGAUGCAGGGUUACACAGGGCAGAUUCACCAGUGGGGUAUAUGUAGCAGGGAGGCUCUGAUAGUGAAAGUGGAAGAAUGGGACACCAGUCAUGGCCCAAUCAUGGAAAAACACUUUUACCUCUCCAAAAUUACAGAAGGCUGUAUUGCAAUUAGAAAGUAAUAUAAUCAGUGAGAAAUCAUGUAUAGAAUCCCGCAUUCCGUGCACAAAUUUUGGCAAUAUUUUCCAUGAAAAAGUUGCUAACUGAAUAUGCCCUUUUUUCACCUAAUCUUCUGAUUAGGAGUCUAAAGUUUUUGAUAUCAGUUGGCUAGCCAUGUAAGGCAAGCAACAUGCAUGGAUCUCCUGUUCCCAUAUUGUUCUACAAGUGAGUCUAUUUCUCACUUUUUAAUUUCAGCUGCUGCAAUAUACGGUUUUUAACAAGAUCUGGAAAAACUAUAACUCCUCCUAUACUCUUAGGUUAUAGUUCAUGUAACUUCAGUUUCUGGGAUGUUUUCUCUCUGUUGUAACUAUUUUGAUUUGGGCUUUGUUUUGUUUUUUAUAAUAAGUGGCUACAGUUCCUUACUUUGAACCAUAAGCUGGCUACUUGUGAAGAAUGUUAUACAAUUUUUGGCACCAUUGAUGCCUAAAAACUAAACAUGAAUUCUGACAAUUCAGGUUUAACUUUGCUUGUGCCACCAGCUUCUUGUAUGACAUUGGGCAAAUCAGUUUGCCAUAUGUGCCUCAGUUUCUCCAUCUGUACUAAUAGCUACCUCAUGCAACAGAAGUGUAGACUUACUGUGCAAGUGGGAACUUAUGCCCUUGAUAGAAGUAGACAAUAAACUUUACAUUAAGAAAAGUUACAUAUGAUGAAAAAGCUCUCUCUUUGUUAUAAAAUAUAGGCUAGGUAAAUCUUGAACUAGUUCCAUAUCAGUUUAUUCAUCUAGCUGGGCCUAGAGAAUACAGUCUUAACAAUCAGCAUGGAAAAGCACUUGCACACUUAUGUAGUCUGGUGCAAUGGCUUAUAUCUUGCCAGGAUCAAAUGCUGCUGUUUGGUAUGCCUAGCAUUUCACCUCUGUAUUGUUCCAGUUAUAAGCAUUGGCAAGUCUAGGCUAGACAGUUCCUAAGCUGCUGCUGGUGGUUUGGCUUUGCUUUCAUCAUAAUCAUAUUUGGUCUUGUCUCAGUUCCAUUUUUUAAACAAAUGAAAGUGAUUUUGUAUGGCCUUAAUGAAGUAGGUACUAUAGAGCAAUUGGAACUUUGGGGACAUGCUAGGAUGCAGAUUAUCAGGGCUGUGCAAAAUCACGUUGAGGGACAUUUCAUGAAGUGACUGAAACACCCUCCAGAUUCACUGCUCAGAAUGUCUAGAUGUUGCAUCCUGUUGAAGUCCCAGUGCAGCCAUUUUGAGAAACUCCCCAAAUUGUCUGAGUAUGCAUGUGGGACUGUUGCUGAAACAAACUGAACGGUUCAUAAACCCUUAGGAGCUCCAAGCUCUUGAACUGCAUGAUUAACAUUAUAGUUCACAUUGCAAAAAUUGAUUCUAAGAAUACCAAACCUACCAAAUGGCAGGUAUUCCCAAAUUUCAUGUUUAUUAUUUCAUGUAUUGAUUUAUUUGAAUUCCACUUUUCCUCCAAGAACCUCAUGGCAAUGAACAAUGUCCUCCACCAUUCCAUCCACCAUAUCUUUGCAACAAUGGAUAGUGGGACUUAUCAAAGAUCUCUUAGUGAGAUUUAUAUAUCUAAAUUAGAUUUAAACCUGGGCUUCCCCCCAUUCUAGUUCAUCAUUCAAACAGUAUGCUACAACAUAUUAAUGAGCAGAGAAAGAUUCUAGGAAAGAAGCACUCAGAUUCCCACAGUGGCUCGUAUGCUUCAUUCUUACCUACAGUAUAUGUAAAACCAGUGGAUUUCAAUGAGACAAGUGCACAUAGAACUGUAGCCUGUGAAGGCAAAGAAUCCAGAAGGAGAUUCUAUUACUAAAGUUGAAGUACUUUCAAAAAUCCAACUCCCAUACCUACCUCCAACCAAUAUCUCAUAAGAAAUACUGUACCAUCAGCUUUUCAGUGCUUCAACACAAUAGUAAGAUAUGUAUUUCCCCAAUUCCACCAUGUAUUGCACUUUGCUAGGGAAAAAUUCCAAAAUUAUUUGCACAUCUUUUGCUUAUAAAUAUGCAAAUUAUUAAUGCCUAUUUUUUCAGGUCAGGAGUAGACUUGUUAUCCAGAUGUCCACUGGAAGAAAAUACUAUAUGUUGGCUAGAGAGAACUGUUCACAUAUGCAUCCUUCUUUACAAAGAACUGGGAUUCUUGGCAUCACAAACUAGCUAAAAUAUGGCUUGUCACAACAUGUUAAAGCUGAUAUUUUGUAUCAUGAUUGGCUCAUGGGGGAACAGAUGGGAACAUAGGCUUUCCAUGUUUUCCAAAUGAAUCUUUCAUAUUCUUCCAUACACAUGAGCAAACUGUUCUUCUGUGAGGACAGAGUGUGGUCAUCUUAUUACCCUAUAAAAUAGCAUACUUUUAGCACACUGUAAGUACCAAUAUUCUUUAAAUGUUUGUAUGCUUUCCAUAUCUGAGAUUAAAUGUUUCUAAUAGAUAUACUUUGAUUGUUUAUCUGUGCCAUCACACCUUUACUCAUUUAUGCAAUGGGUUGAUCUUGGCUUUAUUUCUUAACUUUUUUUUCAAGAGCUGAGUAGAGGUGCUCAUCCUUGCUGUCAAUGCAUUGAAAAAGUUAGGCUCUUCCCCACAAGGAUGGGGGUGGUGGUGGAUGGAUGGAUAUAUAUCAAUCCAUGAUAUAUUGAUAUAUAUCAAUCAAUCAAUCAAUCAAUCAAUCAAUCAUACAUACCAGGUUGGUAGGUACAGUUUUGGAGAUUGCUGUGCACAGUUGCAGACCCUGUAUAUUGAUUGUGCAUUUGACAACUUCAAAAAUAAUUACAAGUAAGUAAUCUGUUUCUUCUUUUAUAUCUUGCCACAAUUAACUGUACGUAAUGUGGGGGGUGGGGGUGGGCAAGGAUGCUUAUUAAAUCAACUCUCUUCAGUCCAUAUCUGCUGGAAUUUAGAACUGUCGUUGGGCCAAAACCUACCUGCUAUAGUCAUAAUUAGCCUUCCCUGGAUCUUUUUUUCUCUUAACUGGAUGUGAUUCGAUCUUAUUGAAAGAUUGUGCUCAUGUGGAAUAAUUGUACAUGCUUGAUGUAUUUCACAGGUUAGCUCCUGUGGUCUUGCAUGCCCUGGUGUAGAAUGCUGCCAUUUUAGGUUGAUGUUAGUUUAGGUACUCAGAACAAAUGAGUAUGUUUUGUAUGGCAACUUGUAGAGGAAGUUGGAUUCUUGGUUUAUUCUGAUUCAGUCUGGCAUGAUAAAAUCUGUUGGGGCUUCCGUCCCAAUUACUAUGUUUGUUAAAAUCUUACUGUAAAGGCAGUAGUACAGGAAGGUAUGUUUUUGUCCCAAAUUCAUGUUACAGUUUUUGUAUGCUAAAUACUCUGUGUUCUUCAUUUUGUGAUAGUGCUUAAGUAAUGUGGAAGUUUGCCUUUUUGCUUGUGCUCAGCAGCAAGUUAGAAAAAGGGAGGGAGAGUAAUUUUAUUUUUUUUAAAAGGCUUUUGUUACAGCCUAUUGCCUCUGGAGUUUGAAACUAAUGACAUCAGUGACUGGUUAGUUUCACUGUUGCUAAUACACCAACAGGUUACAUUUGGUGCAAUUUAUUGUAUUUUGGGUUUUGUCAAUGUAUUAUGUGUAUAUCUUUAUUAUGUUUUAAUUUAUUUUAUGCCAGAGAACAAAUUUAAAAUUGAAUAAGCUGAUUUCCUUUUCGCUUUUUUUCCCCUGGAUGUAUUGGGAAAAAAAAAAGUAAACCAAGGAUGCCAAGCAGGCUUGGUUCAAUGGCUAAGAUUACCAUUGUAUUACAGUGUAAUGCUAUUCUAGGCCUUGUCUCAACAUUAGAGCACACAUACUUGAAUAAAAUGGUUAAACAUUAA